CGGGCAUACGUUUAGCUACACCAGUUUCCUCGGAGCAGAGCUAUUAUAUCCUUACUUUUAAAUAUAAAAAGAUUCUUUAGUAUAGAUGCACACUCCUAUGUAUUGCUUGUAUAUAUACUGAAUGGUGUUAUGCAGCGGGAGACCUUUCUGAGCGAAUAUUGUGGUUUCGCUAACCUAGCAAGCUAGUCAUAUGUUCAAGGAAGCAGCCUCGCAUCCCCAGCGUGUGGAGCGUUGCGUCGGUUUGAUUUUCUUUCGGUUUUACAAUGGCGAGUGACCUCGUUGAGCGUUUCGUUCGCCUGUGUCAAUAUCUGCAGAAUCCUCAUCAUGUCGCGAAAUUUCAGCAGUUAUGUGGUGUCAGAGGGACUUUUGCUAGAAAAACGUCCAGUAGCGAGGACGGUGAAGUGGAACCGUCUAUUAACGGUGCCCAUGUAAAGCGAUUUGCGGUUGAUAGCACGAGCGAAGAAGAUGAUGUCCAGCAAACAGAAGGAGCACGACAGAGAAAAGGCUUUGAUGUUGGAAACAUAAAACAGGACGAACGUUUUAAUGGAAUGUUCAACGGGCCAUUUACGAUACCAGAGGCGGGAGAGGGAGCAGGGCAAAAUGCAGAGCUCACUGACAGCGAUACUGGACCGACGAAUGACCCUCCAAAGCAGGUCGAUAGCGGAAGAGAGAAAGGCGGCGUAAAGGCAAUAGUGAAGCCGCUACGCAAGAACUCACUGACCGGUGAUGUUGGCCAGGAGUUUAUCAUUGAAAAUAAGUUUCUGUUCUAUCUCUUCACCCUCGGGACAGAACUUGGCAAUGAGAUGUUUUUUAUCGUUUUCUUCCCCUUCUUGAUGUGGAACGUCGAUGCUUAUGUCAGCCGACAGCUUAUCGUGGUUUGGGUUUUGGUAUUACUUCUCGGGCAAUCCACAAAAGAUCUUGUCCGGUGGACGCGUCCAGCAUCACCACCCGUGGUCAAAGUGGAAGUGUUCUAUAAUUCCGAAUACAGCAUGCCAUCUACACACGCUAUGACUGGAACAGCCAUCCCUUUCUGUCUAUUCCUGCUUACAUACAACCGUUGGGAGUAUCCUUUCCUGUUUGGAUUGAGCAUUGCAGUGUGUUGGAGCUUCCUGGUGUGCAUAAGCAGAAUCUACAUGGGCAUGCAUUCUGUCCUGGAGGUGAUCACUGGCGUCCUCUACAGUCUGCUGAUCUUAGCCGUCUUCCUUCCUGUGCUUGAUGAUAUCGACAACUUUUACCUGUCACAUGACCACGCCCCUCUGGUCAUCCCAGUCGUCCAUGUCGGCCUGGGUCUGCUUGCCUUCUCCCUGGACACCUGGAGCACCUCCCGGGGCGAUACCGCCCAGGCCUUGGCUACGGGUGCAGGAGCAGCUUUGGCUUCCCACCUCAACCACCAGCUGGGUCUGUUUCCUGAUCCUCCGGAGUCAGCAUUGCCCCUCACUUUACCCGUAAUCAAUGGAGCGCUGCUGGGGCGUUCCCUCUCACGCCUCUUGGUGGGCGUAGCCGUGCUCUUGGCCGUGAGGGCGGUCAUGAAAGCCCUGGCCAUCCCGCUGGCCUGCCGGGUGUUUGGCGUACCCUCUGACGACGUGCGACAGGCACGGCAGCACUCGCCGGUGGAGCUGACCUAUCGCUACCUGGUCUAUGGCAUGGUGGCUUUCUGCUGUGUCUUCCUGGUUCCUGUCUUCUUCAGCUACAUGAAUUUAUCCUGAAGAGCAAGACUUUGCCCUCCUGCCUAUUUUGAUCAAUACGAUGCAGCUAUCACUUUUGAUCGCUCCCUUAACAAUUGUUAGUCCAAAUCUAAGAAGUGUUCUCCAGUGGCUUAGGGCCACGAGGGCAAUUAGAAGUUUAAAAAAGAGAAAAAUAUCUAUGGCUGAUUAUUUUAAAUUUUGUUAUCACUUUAUUCAUUUUGCUUUUGUUCCUUCUUCAGUGUUCCUCAGCAGUGUUUGAUACAGUUUGUGUUUGGACAGCCAUUUGCUUCACAGUUAAAAUGUCUUCAUGCUUUGGUUUUGCCAAACAGUUAGGACUUAAGUAAGCCCACUCUGCUACUCUUAGUCAGUGUACUGUGACUGAGAGUGGCUAUCACAAAGACUGUCACUGGUUGGUGAAAGUGACCUGUAAAGACAGUUUUAAAGAUCUGUAAAGAGAAUAACCCGGAGCUUGGGUCGGAAGUGUGGAAAGCCUUAUACUUGAUCAGAUCUCAAAAGAAAAACCUUUGACCUGGGACAGGCCUAUAUAGAAUGCCUGCCCAGCAGCUGAACUGUACAAAGCCCAUUCUGUAGUGUGCAAAACCUGUCUUUUGUCCUUUCUAAUCUUACUAUUCACUUUGGUAAUAUCUGAAUCCUGUUUGAAUUGACCUCCCUCCACUUUUCCUCAGCAGACACAUGCACACACACCCGUCCUGUGUCAUUGUGUUCCUCUCUCUGUCAACAAUAUUGCCUUUUUUCCUCCAGCCAAACAGAACACAGACACUGCUGUAGGCCUUUUGGUUAUUUUUACAUCCUGGGAAAGCUAUAUAAUAGAAUGGUUUUUCUCUAUUGGACCUGUAACAUCCUUCAAAUUCAGUGCUCAGAGUUUUGCCUUAAGGGCUCCCUCUUUCUCAUCUCAUCCACUCUUCUCUCAUAAAAUGUUCCAUAGAUUCAGUUCUGGAUCUGCCAGUCUAACAGAAGCCCGACAAUUAGAAAAACAGACAUUUAUCCCAGACCACUUCUGUGGCUCUUAUUAGAGAAAGGGAAGCCACUUAAAGAUGUGAGAGACCAAAGAAAAUGUCUGUGCUCCUCGGGCUUUGCUAACGGCUUAAUAAAAGCUGACGUUUAGCCAACGGAGCAGAGUAAGAAAAGAGGGUACAAAUCACUCAAAGCUUGUGGCGAUCAGAAAACCAAAAGGUAAAACUGUUUUUAGGCUUGGCAUAUAUAGGCCUCUCUCUGAGUAUAAUCAAGCUAAGAUAUAAGAAUCUUAACUGUUAGCAGCAGGAAUUAACACAGAGUCCUUUAAUAAGUGAUAUAUUUGAAAUAUGAUUCUGUGCUUAUCAUUUUUCUCACUGUUCAUGUAUGUUUCCUUGUUGAGUUUAUUUAUGUAUUUGAAUAAACUGUUGAAUGGUGUUAUAUCAAAGUCAGAAUGAUCAAUGUUUGAGUUUGAUUCUGAUUGUCAGUAUUAUUCUAAAUCUGGGGAAUACGUUAUUUUGUCCAUGUGAAUGUGUUUUCUGGAUGUACAGAUUGACAGUAUUUGUGGGUGAAAUUUGAGAAGGAAGGAUGGCAAAACUACCUGUACCAGAAAUAUUGACCAAUCAUCUGAAUCCUCAUUUCUCAGCUGACAGCAACCAUUCCUCAUUGGCUCAGAUACCCUUAGUGCCUUGACUCCUUGUUCCUCUGGCUAUCCCAGUCCUCCAAUCAGAGGCAAGAGGGCACGCCCAAUAACUGUAAUGACAAGAGUUGGAGCAAACUCUGACUUGGACAUACAGUAGUUAAUAUCAUAUGUGUAUUUCGGCAAAAUUAUUCUUGUUUUGAAAGCUUAUAAAGUGACAAUAUAGGUUAAUUGAUUUAUUUGCUAGUGACUUAUGACUGCAGGGUUUUAAAUCUUUGUGAUGUUUUUUUCUUUUCUUUUUUUUUUUUUACUUAUGUAUUUCUUGUGGGUUGUGUUUGCCAUUGCUACCCACUGUUUAUCAUUUUGGUGUUUCAAUGUGAUGUGUUUGUUAAACAGCAUUCACCUGUGAACAAGUAUAAAUAAACAUAUUUGAUAUUUGCACAAAUAUCUGGUUGACAAAACGGGUCAAAAACACAUUAAGUUAAAUCCCAGAUACCUUGAAAGAUGGCCACCCAAUCUUGUUCUAAAUGAAUAUUAAAUGUAUAUACGUAUUUGAUGCAAAUUUUAAUUUAUACAUAC